AUGUUGCCUCUUGCAAUCGCACUUCUUAUCCUCUCCGCCAGUGUCGCCGACGCGUUUAGUUCCGUGCCCGAAUUCCCGGCAUCACCACCGCCGCCAGCGCCACCAGUGUACGUCAUCAUGGGUCCCGACAGUGUGCCAAUCGCACGCGCCAUCGUGGACGCAACGGAAGAUUGCCCCGUGCUGAUGGCUGAUGGGAAGACGAUGAUCGUCACCACGCAUGCAGAGCCUGACCCUGAUCACGGUUUCCCUGAACGCGUCUGCUCUGGAGAUCUGCCCCAAAACUACACGCUCGCCUCUUUCGGGCCGACAGAGUUGCCCUCCGUUAAGUCGGGCCCGGUCAAUUUUGGGAUCAUCGGGGACACAGGCUUGCGAGUCAAGGUAAAAAACAAUGGCACCCUCCCUUGCCCCGCCAACCUCUCCGAUACCAUUGUCGAGUACCCCGAGAGCGCCGGAGUCUGCUUUGAUUAUGGAGAAUGGAAGGGGAACAUCCAGGGAAUGGAACAGUCGCUCAAUCCGGUCUCGACCUCGUGGCCAUACCAGCUGAUGGCGGACGAGCUCGCUGGAAAGAACCCUGACGUCAUCAUCCACGUGGGAGACUUCUUGUACGGCGAAACCGAGUGCCCGGACGUGUGCCCCGUUGAUGAGGAAAACGCGACCAAGGGAUUUUACGACCCAUGCCCAUGCGCGAACAUGACGAGCCACGGGGAUCAGUGGAGCAGUUGGCAAGAGGACUUCUUCGAACCUUCGAGGAAGCUCUUGCUCGCAGCGCCAUGGAUUAUACUCCGCGGCAACCACGAGAUCUGCACGAGGUCGGGGGUUGGAUGGUUCCGGUAUCUGGACCCGCGUCCGAUGCCUCCCCUCCAGGAAUGGAAGUGGCAAGGGGUCAAACAAUACGUCCCAUGCAGUGAGUUCACCGAUCCAUACGUCGUCACCUAUCACGAUGUUCAGUGGCUUGUCGUCGACAGCAGCCAGGUCGCUUCUGUCGGUGGCGGCAUCGAUCAUUACGAUGGGGAUUGUCCGACCGAGGUCACGGUGAUCACAGGUCUCGACCCCCGCAACGAAAGUGCGUUUCCCUACACGCCGAAUUCGUCGCACGGCUUUGACCCGUCCAAUUUCCCCGCGGAGUACGGCAACUAUACUGAGAUCUUUGCAGAGGGCAAGUCAAUGCUAGACAGCCACAAACCCGUGGGGCUGCUUUCGCACCGCCCCCUGUACGCCAUCACGUGCCACAAGGGCAGCUACCUCGCGCUCGACUACACUCUCCAACUGGCUGCCGAAGCGACCGGUCUCUUCAACUCCACGAUCAAGUUUGUCCUAUCUGGGCAUUACCACCUCUUCCAAUACGUUGAGUACGAAGGCCGCGUCCCCACCCUCGUCUUCGGGCACGGAGGGACCAAGCUCUUUGACGGCGAUCCGAACAUUGCGACGGCUGUGGGGGCCACGGUCCUCACGGAGGACGGCGCGCCGGCAGCAGUAAUUACUGCAAACUCGACGAUGUACAAGCAGUUUGGGUUCGGUCUGCUUGAAGUGAAGGAGGAGCGCUUUGAGGUGACCGAGGGUGCUGGCGCAGCCUGGCAACGCUUCAACUUCACGAUUCCAGCCUAG